CGAUGAAAAUGAGAUAUGGAUAUUCAAACUUCCACCAAAUAUUUCUAAGAAAGAUCUUGUUGGAAAGACACUAACUUUUCCAAAAGGUUCUCCAAAACUUUCGAAUAAAGUUGCAAAAUUCGAAAAGUCAGUUCAAAUAAAUAAAAAGAAAGAGGCUACAACUUUAAAAUACAACAUUCAAGAACUACCGAUAAAAUUGACUCAAGAAUUCGAAUUAUUAUUACCAAGUCAAAAGGACGACGAUGAGUUAGUUUUAUCUAAUAAAAAACCUGCAAAAUUUUUUAAUAUAACUCGAAAAUUUAAUCGACCAGAUCUUACAAAUAAUAUUGAGGCAAUUUUGGAGAAUUAUCAAAAAAUUCCUCAACAACCACAGCACCCACCGGAAACAUUCAUUCCAAGGUUCAUCACAAAUUUUCCUGAAUUUACUAAUCAACAUAUAAAGGAAGCCGCCGAGGAAAAAAAAAGAUUUGAAAAAAAAUUAGAUGACUGGCAGUUUAAUAAUUGGAGUGAAGAAAUAAUAAAACAUAUUCAAAUCAGUAGAAAAGCUUAUCGUGAAUGGAAAAAAAAUUGUAUAUUGGAAGUAAAUAAAUCUAAACAAUUAUUUGCUAAGAGACUUGCAGAAAAAAAAGUAAUAAUAGACGAUGGUCAAAAAAUAGAAAAACGAAAAUUUGAUUCUAAUGAGGAUGAAAUAGAGGAUGAGAGUGAAUAUUCAAAAUCUAUAAAGAAAAAAAAUGAUUAUGUCAAGAAAAAGGGAAAAUCCUCUUCUGCAUCUUUUAAAAUUUCAGAAUAUCAAGAUUUAUUGGAUUAUGACUCGGAUGCUGAUAUUUUGGCUGAAGUUGCAGAAGAGGAAGCUGCGUUUGCUAAAAUGGCGUCAGAUCAAAUGCUUAAAGAAGAAAAGAGAGCUAAAGAGUUGCAAAAUGCUGACGGAGAAGCGUCUGAAAUAUGGACUCCUGCUCUUGUCACGUACCCUAAGUAUGAGCCACCAACCACUUGGUGGUCCAAGAUGAAUGAUGAAAUUCUCGAUGAAGUUGAAAAAAUAAAACUAAAACCUUGCAAGAAAAAGAAAGAUUAG